UCAAAAAAAUAAAAAUAAAUAAAUAAAAAUAAAGAAUAAUUAAUAUUAUAUUUUUCGAAAGGUAAUCUGCAAGAACUAAAAGUAUUCAUUAGUUUCGUAUUAAGAAGAACGUAUCAGUCCUGUGAAAACUUUCUAAUAAGCCACAUUUAAACAUUUUGCUCCAAUUGUAUAAAUUCUGAGAAAUUUUUUUCUCCACUUUUCUCAACUUUAAAGUUCUUUAAAUAUUUCGAAUCUAAUCUAAUAUAAAUGUAAUUUAAUCAUGAAAGCUUCAAUUAUCGUUUGCUUUCUGUUUUUGAUUAUUACGGUUUCUAAUGUAUCUGCCGAAAGUGCAGUGCAUUCUACAGCUGUCAGUAAAGAGCCUGUUACUACAGCUAUACCAGUGAAAAGAAACUUAACUGCUUUAGAAAGAUGGAUGAAAACUGAUAAAGAACUUCAAAAAACUAUGUCCAGUUUAGUGAAAUCAAUGCUACCUCAGAUACUGAGAGCAUCUGAGGAUAUGAAUUUAUCAUCAGGUUGUUCUCGUUCCUUAAUGAAGUUUUUAACUGGACUUAAGCAAAUGAAAUUAUGGGCAUUUCGAAUGGUUGAUUCAUCAGGCAAGAUACCAAAUGGAAUAUUAAGUGGAAGUAUCAAUUCGUUUGGAGAUUACGAUGUUUGUAUCGACACUAUUAUACCAGGAAACGUGAAGAGUGCUUACUGCACCCUUUUCGUUCAACCACCGCUACCUCCAAGAGUUCCUUUCACGAGCUUUGAUGAUCCUAUACCAGAGUUCGUCAAUUAUAGUUCACCUGAUAAGGCAAUAUGGGAUUUCAUGAGAAAAGGAAUGAAUUACCACUUAGUCAGAUUUAGAUCCUCUAUAUGCAUGCCAUCCACGUGCAGUAAAGAAGAAGUUCAAGCUGUUGCUACUAAAGUUAUCGAAAUGGCGGGACUUGAAUUUGAUGUUAUAGUUCCAAACUGUGAAGUAAAAAUUGACCAAAUAGUUCUUGAUGAAACCGAAACAGGAAUUGCUGUGCUUUUGGCAACAAUUGUAUUUAUUGCAGUUGUGGCAACUAUUAUUGACGUCAUUUUAAAUAUAAGAUCCCAAGAAAAUAAUUUUCAAAAGAAUUUAAGUGUGCCUUUGAAAUGCUUAUUAGCUUUCUCAUUGUAUACCAACUUCAAGAAAUUGAUGAAAAUUGAAGAUAACCCAGAUACUAUCAAAAUCAUUCAUGGAUUUAAAGCAAUUACAAUACUUUGGGUUAUUCUAGCUCACAAUUACUAUUACCAAAAUUUCCAAGCAAUGAGUCAUCUUCUGGAAGUCAGAGAAAAAUCAAAGGAAAUUUUAUUCCAAUUGAUAAGCAAUGGUGUUAUGUCCGUUGAAACAUUUUUCUUUAUCAGUGCUGUCUUAGUUUCGUAUGGUGUCACUAAAAUGAAUGGGAAGUUAAAUGUAUUCCUCUACAUCUUUAGAAGGUUUUGGAGAUUAACACCGCCUUAUAUGCUUGUCAUCGCUACGAGUAUUCUUUUACCUCAUAUCAGCUCGGGUCCCGUAUGGAAAGAAACAAUUACAGACAAAAUUGUUGAAAAAUGUAGAAGAAACUGGUGGACUAAUCUUUUGUACUUCAGUAAUUUCGUUCCUACAGAGAAUAUGUGCCUGGAUUGGUCAUGGUAUAUACCAGUGGAUACUCAAUUGUAUUUGCUCAGUCUAUUAGUUCUCAUUCCUCUCCAGAGGAAUCCCCGCUUAGCGAUGACGAUCAAUGCUGGAUUGUGUUUGGCCGGAAUAGUUAUCUCAGCUGCAUUCACUAUCUUUUAUAAAUUGAACCCAGUAGCCAUCUAUGUUUUUAUGCAUAAAGAUGAUGUGAAUUACUUCAUUGAUCGUGGCUACUACCGAACAUAUUUGCAUGUAUGUUCUUACAGUGUAGGCUUAACCGUUGGUCACAUACUUGCGAAAAAGAAGAAAAUCCGAAUUCCACUGGCUCUCAAUUUGUUGGGCUGGAUAGUUGCAUUCGCACUGGGAUUCAGUGUCACUAUUGGAGUUUAUAACUGGCAUCAAGGCAAUGUACCUAGCUUGGUUACUUCUGUACUAUAUUUAAGUCUGAAGAAUUUAGCUUUUACUCUAGGAUUAGCGUAUGUUACCAUAGCAUGUAUGACUGGCCAUGGAGGAGUUGCAACAACCAUUCUAAGCUGGAAUGGAUUUGUCCCUCUGAGUCGAUUGACGUACAUGACAUACUUAGUACAUCCAUUUGUGCAUUAUACAUAUUAUGGUACCAUUAGAAAUCCUAUUGCAGCAUUACAUCCAAUACUGGUUCAUCAAUACUGCGGCACAGUUGUUUUAAGUUUUCUUACAGCUUGUGUUUUGAGUUUGUUGUACGAGGCUCCUUUUAUGGCUCUAGAAAAAGUCUUCCUGUCAUCGAAAAAAUUAAAAGAAAGUGCAGCGACCAACAAAGACGAUAAUAUCGAAUCAACUUUUCAACCAACGAUAUUCCCUAAUGGCCACAAUCUGAAAGAUAAUCUUGAUGUUCAUACCAUAACUUUUAAGCAUAUAGGACAAGACGCCCAAUAGAUUAUUGCUAUUUAUUCUACAAAACUAUUUUUCAUAGACAUUUAUAAGUACAAUUAUAUCCAUUUUUUUUAUUUGAGGGGGUAAUAUAUGUAUCCACUUACCUUUAAACAAUACUAUAUUAUGAGACAACAACAAUGCCAUUUUAGAGUAUUUGUCUUAUUACUGCGAUAUUUUAUAAAAAUUCAAAGAUUUAUAAGUUUAUUAUAUCUCAUAAACUUAAUGUUCCAUCGUUAAUGAAAAAAUCAGGCAUAGUUGUUUUAAUAAUUAUUUUUCAAUUGCAAAGAUAAAAAACUAUAACUGUUUAUGAAUAAGUGACGUACUAUGUUAUGUAAACUUUUGCAAAUAUUGAAACCAAUACCAAAUUUAGUUGAUCAAUACCAAAUGUCUAUAAUUAAAUUAAAUACGUAUGGAAUGAUAUAAACCUGUCCUAACGCUUAUAUCGAAAUUAAAUUUUAUUUUCCUCAUGCUUUAAAAAUACAGACGUAAAUAAAUUAGAGAAAUAUUAAGUAAUUGAAACCUAGUCUGUUGUUAAUAGCUAAGUCAGAUUUCCUUAAAUAGAUACUUCAAAAAAUUAUGAAUGUUUAUAAAUAAAAUAAGUAUAUGUAAAUUAAUAGUAAUAUUAAAUUAAUUUAGCUGAAUAUAU